AAACAUGUAUCCUCUUAGCAAAUUUCAGAGUGUAUAAUACAGUAUUAUUAAUUCUAGUUACCAGGCUAUACGUAGGAUCUCUAGAACUUAUGCAUCUUGCAUAACUGAAAGUUUGUACUCUGACCAAUAUCUCUUCGUUUUCUCCAGCCACUGGCAAGCACUAUUCUACUCCUUGAGUCUAAGAUUUGGACUAUGUUAGAUACCACAUAUAAAUGAGAUUGUGUAGUGUUUGUUUUUCUGUGUCUGGCUUAUUUCACCUAGUAUAAUGCCCUGCCAGUUUCAUCCAUGUUGUUGCAAAUGGUAGGAAUUCCUUCUUUUUUUUUUUUUUUAUGACUGAAUAAUAUUCUAUUGUAUAUAUAUAUCACAUUUCUUUCUUUUUUUUUUUUUGGCUGUGUCGGGUCUUCGUUGUGCUCGGGCUUUUUCUAGUUGCAGCAAGUGGGUGCUGCUCUUUGUUGUGGUGCUGGAGCUUCUCAUUGCACUGGCGUCUCUUUGUGAAACACAGACUAUGCACAAGGGCUUCAGUACUUGUGGCACAUGAGGUCAGUAGUUGUGGCACAUGGGCUUAGUUGCUCCGCGGCAUGUGGGAUCUUCCUGGACCAGGGAUCGAACCCAUGUCCCCUGAAUUGGCAGAUGGAUUCUUAACCACUGUGUCACCAGGGAAGUCCCUCUUUUCUUUCUCGUUCUUUAUUUCUUGCCACAUUUUCUUUACCUGUUCAUCCAUGGACAGACAUUUAGGUUAUUUCCAUGUCUUGGCUGUUGUGAAUAACGCUGCAGUGAACAUGGGAGUGCAGAUCUCACUAUGAGCUCCAGAUUUCAUUUCUUUUGGAUAUAUACCAAGAAGUAGGAUUGUUGGAUCAUAUGGUGGUUCUAUUUUUAACUUUUUGAGGAACCUCCAUACUGUUGUUCAAAGUUGAUGAACCAAUGUACAUUUCCACCAACAGUGUGCAAGGAUUCCCUUUUCUCCAAGACCUCACCAGUGCUUAUCUUUUGCUUUUUGAUAAUAGCCAUUCCAACAGGUGUGAGGUGGUACCUCUUUGUGGUUUUGAUUUACAGUCCCCUGAUGGUGAGUUGUUGAGCACCUGAGCAUGUAGCUGUUGAUCAUUUGUAUGUCUUUUUUGGAGAAAUGGCUAUUCAGUUUCUUUGCCCACUUUUAAGUUGGGUUAUUUGGUUUUUUUGCUAUUGAGUUGUGUGAGAUCCAUAUAUAUUUUGGGUCUUAACCCCUAUCGGGUAUUAUUGUUUGCACGUAUUUUCUCCCAUCUCUUAGAUGCGAGAAAAAUAACUCCGUUGAUUGUUAUUUUGCUGUCAGCACAUUUCCUUAUAUCUCCACACAUUUAUUAGUGUUUUUGUAUUUUAAAAUCUACCUACAUAUCAUACUGUUAAUAUUCUACACUUAGCAGUUUUGCUCAAUCUUAAAGCUUAUGCUCUGUCUCCUCUGUGACGUUGAUGUGUUCAUUCCUUUCAACCACUGUAACCUCACCUGUUCCCUGGUGAUCGGUAUUGAGGUUUCUGCUUGUACACAGACCUGCAGGAACAUCCUUGUGUGUCUGCUUUUGUGCAUUAGCAAGAGUUUCUAUAGGGCACGUACCUAGAGUUAGGUUUCCUGACCCAGGGGUUUGCAGAGUUUCAGCUCUCCCAGGUAGUGCCAGAUGGAUUUCCAGAGUGACUACCUGACUACCCACAGAACCCUGGGAGUCCAUGUUUGUCAUGUCUUCAGUGUUAGAUAUUGUGAAGCAUUUAAUAUUUUCCCCAAUCUGUGGUGAGAGAAGCCUUGUUUUAAUUUGCGUUUCUCUAAUUCUUAAUGACAUUGAAAAUCUUUUCAGGUGUUUAUUGGAUAGUUUGAUUUCUUUAUCUGUGAUUUACUAGGUUAUAUCCUGUGCUUAUUGUGUGUGUGUGUGUGUGUGUGUGUGUGUGUGUGUUGAAUACCCUUAUUUUAUUUACUUAUUUUUUGACCACACUGUGCAGUUUGUGGGAUCUUAGUUCCUCAGCCAGGACCAGGGAUCGAACCUGGGCCCUUGGCAGUGAAAGCCUAGAGUCCUAACCAUUAGACCACCAGGGAAUUCCCUUUUAAAUGUUUUUUUUGUUUGUUUCUUUUGUAUUUUUUAAUAUAUAAUAUACUCUGUAUAUCUUUUAUUAUGUAUGUUUGAAAAUAUCUUCUUUUACCCUGCAGUUUGCUUGUUAGUUUUGUGGUGUCUUGUACAGAAGUUUUUUUUGAGGGAUUAAAAUUAAGCAUCUUUUCCUUUUUGGAUAGUGUGUUUUCCAUAUUAUUUUCUUGUAAUAGCUGUAAACAUUUUAAAGAAAUAUUUAGGCCUUCAAUCUAAAAUAUAUAUCUUUGUGUACCAUGGAAGACAGGAUGUAAUUUUGCUUCCCUGUGGAAAGUCAGCUGCCCCAGCUCCAUUUACUGAGUGGUGCACUGCUGUUAGCAUUGCAUGUUGUUAAUAUAUGCCUGGGUCUGUCCCGGUAUCUUCUUUUCUGUGGUCUUAGAAUCAGCCCUCUGUGUCUUUGAGUUCUGCAUCUGUGGAUUCAGCCAACUGAGGAUUGAAAAUAUUGGAGGAAAAAAAAUUCCAGAAAGUUCCAAAAAGCAGAACUUAAAUUUGCUGCACCUGAAAACUAUUUAUGUAGUAUUUCCAUUGUAUGUACAACUAUUUAUAUAGCAUUUACAUUGUAUUAAGUAUUGUAAGUAAUCUAGAGAUGACUUAAAGUAUAUGGGAUGGGGGGCUUCCCUGGUGGUGCAGUGGUUAAGAAUCCACCUGUCAAUGCAGGGGACACAAGUUUGAUCCCUGGUCCAGGAAGAGCCCACAUGCCAUUGAGCAACUAAGCCUGUGUGCCACAACUAUUGAGCCUGUGGUCUAGAGCUCUCAAGCCAUAACUACUGAGCCCACGUGCCACAACUACUGAAGCCUGCGUGCCUAGAGCCGGUGCCCUGCAACAAGAGAAGCCACCACAAUGAGAAGCCCGCACACUGCAACAAAGAGUAGCCCAUACUCACCACAACUAGAGAAAGCCUGUGUGCAGCAAUGAAGACCCAAUGCAGCCAAAAAAAAAAAUACUACUUCCUUUAAAAAAAAAAAUAAAGUAUAUAGGAUGAUGUGUGUGGGUUAUAUGCAAAUACUAUGCCAUUGUAUAUAAGGGAGUUGAGCAUUGUUGGAUUUUAUAUCUGAGCGGGGUCCUGAAAUCAAUUUCCCAUGGACACCUAGGGACAGCUGUAUCUCACUUUUAUUACCACAGCCUUAUAAUAAGACUUGAUGUCUGGUACAGCAUGGCUCUGCUUUAGUUCUUCUUUGGCAUUGCCUGGUUAAUCUUAGAUCAUUACUCAUGAUGUUUAGAGUCAUUGUGGUCGGAUAUCAUGAUAUGUCCUACUGCAGUUUUUUUUUUUUUUGUUCUUUUUGUUGCAAUGGUAAAUGGGAUUGUUUCCUUAAUUUCUCUUUCUGAUCUUUCAUUGUUAGUGUAUAGAAAUGCAAGAGAUUUCUGUGUGUUAAUUUUGUAUCCUGAAACUACUGAAUUCAUUGAUUAGCUCAAGUAGUUUUCUGGUGGCAUCUUUAGGAUUUUCUAUGUAUAAUAUCAUGUCAUCUGUGAACAGUGACAGUUUUACUUCUUCUUUUCCAAUUUGGAUUCCUUUGAUUUCAUUUUCUUCUCUGAUUGCUGUGGCAAGGACUUCCAAAACUGUGUUGAAUAGUAGUGGUGAGAGUGGACAUCCUUGUCUUGUUUCUGAUCUUAGAGGCAGUGCUUUCAGUUUUUCACCAUUGAGAAUGAUGUUUGCUGUGGGUUUGUUGUAUAUGGCCUUUAUUAUGUUGAGGUAGGUUCCCUCUAUGCCCACCUUCUGGAGAGUUUUUAUCAUCAGUGGGUGUUGAAUUUUGUUAAAAGCUUUUUCUGCAUCUAUUGAGAUGAUCAUGUGGUUUUUAUCCUUCCAUUUGUUAGUAUGGUGUAUCACAUCGAUUGAUUUGCAUAUAUGGAAGAAUCCUUGCGUUCCAGGGAUAAACCCCACUUGAUCAUGAUGUAUCAUCCUCUUAAUGUGUUGUUGGAUUCUGUUGGCUAGUAUUUUGUUGAGGAUUUUUGCAUCUAAAUUCAUCAGUGAUAUGGAUCUGUAGUUUUCUUUUUUUGAAGUAUCUUUUUCUGGUUUUGGUAUCAGGGUGAUGGUGGCCUCAUAAAAUGAGUUUGGGAGUGCUCCUUCCUCUGCAAUUUUUUGGAAGAGCUUGAGAAGGAUAGGUGUUAGCUCUUCUAUAAGUGUUUGAUAAAAUUCACCUGUGAAUCCAUCUGGUCCUGGACUUUUGUUUGUUGGGAGAUUUUUAAUCAGAGUUUCAAUUUCAUUACUUGUGAUUGGUCUGUUCAUAGUUUCUGUUUUUUCCUGAUUCAGUUUUGGGAGAUUAUACCUUUCUAAGAAACUGUCCAUUUCAUCCAGGUUGUCCAUUUUAUUGGCAUACAGUUGCUUGUAGUAGUCUCUUAUGGUGCUUUUCAUUUUUGCGGUGUCUGUUGUAACUUCUCGUAUUUCAUUUCUGAUUUUAUUGAUUUGAGUCCCCUCCCUCUUUUUCUUGAUAAGUCUUGCUAGAGGUUUAUCAAUUUUAUUUAUCUUCUCAAAGAACCAGCUUUUAGUUUUAUUGAUUUUUUCUUGUUGUUUUCUUUGUUUCUAUUUCAUUUAUUUCUUUUUUUUAAUUAAUUAAUUAAUUUAUUUUUUUGGCACACGGGCUUAGUUGCUCCGCGGCAUGUGGGAUCUUCCUGGGGCUGGGAUCGAACCCGUGACCUCUGCAUUGGCAGGCGGAUUCUUAACCACUGCGCCACCUAGGAAGCCCUAUUUCAUUUAUUUCUGCUCUGAUCUUUAUAAUUUCUGUCCGUCUACUCACUUUGGGUUUUGUUUGCUCUUCUUUCUCUGGUUUCUUUAGGUGUAAGGUUAGAUUGUUUAUUUGGGAUUUUUUCUUGUUUCUUGAGGUAGGAUUGUAUUGCUAUAAACUUCCCUCUUAGAACUGCCUUUGCUGCAUCUCAUAGGCUUUGGAUUGUUGUGUUUUCAUUGUCAUUUGUCUCUGGAUAUUUUUUGGUUUCCUCUGAUUUCUUCAGGAUCUCUUGGUUAUGUAGUAGCAUAUUGUUUAGCCUCCAUGUGUUUGUGUUUUUUACAUUUUUUUUUCCUGUAAUUGAUUUCUACUCUCAUAGUGUUGUGGUCAGAAAAGAUGCUUGAUACAAUUUCAGUUUUCUUGAAUUUACUGACACGUGAUUUAUGACCCAAAAUGUGAUCUAUCGUGGAGAACGUUUUAUGUGCACUUGAGAAGAAUGUGUAAUCUGCUGUUUUUGGAUGUAAUGUCCUAUAGAUUGCUAUUAAAUCAAGCUGAUUUAUUGUGUCAUUUAAAGCUUGUGUUUCCUUAUUAAUUUUCUGUGUGGAUGAUCUGUCCAUUGGUGUAAGUGGGGUGUUAAAAUCCCCCACUAUGAUUGUGUUCCUGUCAAUUUCCUCUUUCAUAGUUGUUAGCAUUUGCCUUAUGUAUUGAGGUGCUCCUAUAUUGGGUGCAUAUAUAUUUAUAAUUGUUAUUUCUUCUUCUUGGAUUGAUCCCUCAAUCUUUAUGUAGUGUCCUUUCUUGUCUCUUGUAACAUUUUUUAUUUUAGAGUCUAUUUUAUCUGAUAUGAGUAUUGCUACUCCAGCUUUCUUUUGAUUUCCAUUUGCAUGGAAUAUCUUUUUCCAUCUCCUCACUUUCAGUCUGUAUGUGUCCCUAGGUCUGAAGUGAGUCUCCUGUAGAUAGCAUAUAUAUGAGUCUUGUUUUUGUAUCCAUUCAGCCAGUCUGUGUCUUUCAGUUGGAGCAUUUAGUCCAUUUACAUUCAAGGUAAUUAUUGAUAUGUAUGUUUCUAUUACCAUUUUCUUAAUUGUUUUAUUUUUGUUUUUGCAGGUCCUUUUCUUAUGUUUCCUGCUUAGAGAAGUUCCUUUAGCAUUUGGUGUAGGGCUGGUUUGGUGGUGCUGAAUUCUCUUAGCUGUUGCUUGUCUGUAAAGCUUUUGAUUUCUCCCUCGAAUCUGAAUGAGAUCCUUGCUGGGUAGAGUAUUCUUGGUUGUAGGUUCUUCCCUUUCAUCACUUUAAAUAUAUUGUGCCACUCCCUUCUGGCUUGCAGAGUUUCUGCUGAGAAAUCAGCUGUUAGCCUUAGGGGAGUUCCCUUGUAUGUUAUUUGUCGUUUUUCCCUUGUUGCUUUUAGUAAGUUUUCUCUGUCUUUAAUUUUUGUCAGUUUGACUGUUAUAUGUCUUGGCAUGUUUCUCCUUGGGUUUAUCCUGCCUGGGACUCUUUGCACUUCUUUAUUAUUUUCUGCAUCAGUGAUUAUCACCAUUCUGUCUUCCAGGUCACUUAUGCACCCUUCUGCCUCAGUUAAUCUGCUAUUGGUUCCUUCUAGUGUAUUUUUCAUUUCAGUUAUUGUGUUGCAUAUCUCUGUUUGUUUGCUCUUUAAUUCUUCUAGGUCUUUGGUAAACUUUUCUUGCAACUUUUCGAUCUUUGCAUCCAGUCUUUUUUCAAAGUCCUGGAUCAUCUUCACUAUCAUUAUUCUGAAUUCUUUUUGUGUAAGGGUGCCUAUCUCCUCUUCAUUUAAUUGUUUUUCUGGGGUUUUAGCUUGUCCCUUCAUCUGGUACAAAGUCUUUUGCCUUUUUAUUUUUUCUAUCUUUCUGUAGCCGUGGUUUUCAGUUUCACAAGACAAAAUACUGCUGGUACUGCUUGAUACUGCUGUCUGCCCUCUUGUAGAGGAGGCUAUCUAGGAGGUUUGUGCGUGCUUCCUGAUGGGAGGGACUGAUGGUGGGUAGGGCUCUGUCCUGCCGCAGUUUUGCUUGUACAGAAUUAUUAAUGGAUUUAUUUGGGGAGAAUUGACAUUGUUAUAAUAUUGAGUCCUCCUGUUUAUGAACAUUGCCUGUUUCUCCAGAGGUUUUUUAAGUAUCCUUCAAUAAAGUCUUAUGUUUCUUUUAAAAUAUUUAUUUGAUUGCAUUGGGUCAUAGUUGUGUCAGGUGGGCUCGUUAGUUGCAGCACGCCGGCUCCUUAAUGGUUGCAUGUGAACUCUUAGUUGCAGCAUGCAUGUGGGAUCUAGUUCCCUGACCAACGAUCAAACCUGGGCCCCCUGCAUUGGGAGUGUAGAGUCUUUUUUUUUUUUUUUCCCAGAUCUUUAUUGGAGUAUAAUUGCUUUACAAUGUUGUGUUAGUUUCUGCUGUACAAUGAAGUGAAUCACUUGUAUGUGUGUAUAUAUAUCCCCAUAUCCCCUCCUUCUUGAGCCUCCCUCCCACCCUCCCUAUCCCACCCCUCUAGGUCGUCACAAAGCAUUGAGUAGGUCUCCCUGUGCUAUGCAGCAUCUUCCCACUAGCCAUCCAUCUUACAUUUGGUAGUGUUUAUAUGUCAGUGAGAGUGUAGAGUCUUAACCACUGGACCACCAGGGAAAUCCCUCCUUCAAGAAAGUUUUAUUCUUUUGUCCAUAAACUUACAUGUUUUUGUUCAAUUUCUUAGGUGUUGUAUAGUUUUUGUAGCUGUUAUGAAUGCUGUUUUUUUGUUGUUGUUGCUGACUGCUAGUAUGUAGGAGUGAUAUUAAUUAGUCUGUUGACUUUGUAUAUGGCCAUCGUGUUGAAGUCUUAUCAUCCCAACCCUGGGUUGAUACUCUCGUAUUUUUUAUGUAGAUGAUCUUAUCAUUCUCAAAUGAUGGAGAUUUUGUCUAUUCUCUUCCCGUCUUUCUGGUUUUUAUUUCUUUUUCCUUUAUUAUUAUUAUUUUUUUCUUUUGUGGUCACUUGGUGGCAUCAUGUGGGAUCUUAGUUCCCCAACCUGGGAUCCAACCUGUGCCCCCUGCAGUAGAAGCUCGGAGUCCUAACCACUGAACUAUGGCUCAUAUUUCUUUUUCUGUGACUUAAUGCAUUGGCUAGGGUCUUUGGUACACUGUUACAUAGCGGCUGGGUGAGGGAGCAAGCAUUCUUGUCUUGUCACUGACUAAUGUGAAUGCUUCUAUUGUGUUACCUUAGUGUCAUUAUGAAACAGACUUGAGUGCUAGGACUGCCAGGGUCUUGGUCUGCACUCUGAGAACCACUGCUGUUACAUGUGAUAUGUAGAAUUGUGUUCCUUUUUUGUUCUUAAUAAUAUUUCUUUUCCCAUCUUUUCCCCUUCCCCACACUGGCCUUGAUGUUUAUUUUAUUAGCAUUUUCAAAGAACCAGGAUUGAGAUUAUUUUCUGUUUCUUUAAGUCAUGUUUUCUUUAUUUUUUUUUUUAUCUUCUUUCCUUUAAUUGCUUUCUUAUUCUGUGCCUGGUUUCUUUUUGAAUGCUUAGAUUAUUAUUUCAAUCUCUUUGUUAAAAUAAGUGCAUUAAGGUUUCCCUUAGGUAGCCUCUGUUUCCAUUUCCACCUUAGUCUCCAUUUUUAUGUUUUUCCUGAAGGGGGUCCUUUUUGAAAUCAGAUAUUUUAGUAGAAGAACAAUAUGAAUGUUUGCCAAAUAAUAUAAGCCUUUGGAAUUUUUUGAAACUUACUUUUUUGCCUGGUAUGUGGUGUUUCUUUUACUGUUCAGUUUACAGUUUGAAAAAGUGUAUUCUCUGUGCUUUAGGUAAGUAUUCUCUAUGUGAUCCACUUAUUUCUGAUGGAAGUGUGUUAAAAUCUCCCAUUCCAGAAGAGGGUUUGCACGUUUUCCUUUGGCACUGCACUUAGCUUUGGCGUUCUACACUUUGAGGAUUUGUUGGUAGAUACACAUGUUUGUAAUUACAGCUUUUUGGUGGAUUUUUCCUUUUAUUAAUAUGCAGUGUCUGCUUUUGUUCCUAAUAAUGAUUUUUGUUUUUGGUCUUGUUUUGAUUGUUAUAAAUAUUGCUGAACCACACGCAGCAAUGCGUAUUAAGCUCACAAACACUGUGCCAAGAGGAAGAAGCCAGCAGAGUGUAGAAGGCAUAGUUCCUCUGAUAAAGUCUGCCAGGACAGUGAUCUGUGGUGGUGGGAGUCAGGGUAGAGGCUCUCCUUUGGGAGGUCGGGAGGGAGUCAGAGCCUGCAGGGCAGGAGGGGUGCCAGGGGCUGGUUCUGUGGGCCGGGCCCCUGGAGCUGUGUGUUAGGGAUUUGUCGACUCUGCUGUAUAAAUGUCAUAAUCCAAUGAGGAGCUUUAAAGAUACAGAAAAGGUAAUUAUAACUAUUAUAACUUUAUUUUAAUUAGUGUUGUUGUAAUUAGUGUUUCUUUGGUCUGUCUUAUAUUUAGCUUUUUUGUGCUAUUUUAGGUUACAUAAGUGCAUUUUAGGUAUCUAAUUGGAGAUAGAUACUUGCUUCCAGUAGGUGAGUUUAAUCCUUUAACUUCUGUUACUCAUCCAUUGGUCUUGUUUCUACUAGUUUUGUAUUUUUCCCUCCUAAUCUUUGUCUUUGCUUUAUGCCUUCUAUUGAUUUUUUUUCCUUUCUUACUUCCUUUUCCUCCUCAGCCCUUAACAUGUUAUCUUUAUUCUUUCAUAUAAAGUGAAUGACUGUCUCCGUCUUCCUCCUCAAUGAGACAACUCUGUGCCUGGGAGGAGGUGGGGGCAGAUGACCUGAAAUGUCUUACGUGUCUACAGGGAGCAGAGUCUGCCUGGGAGGCUGAGCACCGAGGCAAACUGCAGGAGGGGCCAGGCUCGACCUCUACAUGUUCCUCUCUUCCCUCGGCACCUGAGUGACUGGUUCCUGCCUCCAUCCCUGGGAAGCCCAGGGUACUAGGCGAUGGCAGCUUUGCAUCUGUCUGUCCUGCCCCAGCCCAGGGCCCAGCCUGAGCCAUGCCUGGGCCUGCAGCAGCCCCUGUUGUUCCAGGCUGAAGUGACCUUCGAGGAUGUGGCCGUGCUCCUCUCCAGGGAGGAGUGGGGCCGCCUGGGCCCUGCUCAGAAGGGGCUCUACAGGGAUGUGAUGCUGGAAACCUACAGGAACCUGGUCUCUCUGGGAGCUGGACCUGCAGGCUCCAAGCCGGAGGUGAUUGCACAGUUGGAGCGAGGGGAUGAGCCGUGGGUGCUGGACAUGUGGGGGAGAGAACGACUGACUGUUGAUGGCUCAGCUCAUGAGACCAGGACUGAGAACCAGGAGUUGACUUCAGGCGAGCUGCUGUAUGGGGAAGAACUGGACCGACUCAGGGGGUGUUGUCUGCAGGUACCUGAGCCAGGAGAAGCCCGUGAGCAUGUCAGUGAGCCAGAGGGGAGCCUGGGCAGGCCUGAGCAGAAGGGCCCCAGGCCAGUCACACCAGACAACAUGGAGAGCGGCCUAGAGUCUGGGGGAAACCUUGGGUUGGGGUCAAGCCCUGUCCCUGAUCAAAGACCUCAUAAAUGUGAUAUAUGUGAGCAAAGUUUUGAACAGAGAUCAUACCUUAAUAACCAUAAGCGUGUACACAGGUCCAAAAAAACAAACAUAGUUCAUGAUUCAGGGGAAAUUUUCACGGCAAAUUUAGUUGUUAAAGAAGAUCAGAAAAUUCCUAUUGGGAAAAAAUUGCAUUAUUGUGGUUGCUGUGGGAAAGCCUUCAGGUACAGUGCUAACCUUGUCAAGCACCAGCGGCUGCACAGUGAAGAGAAGCCCUACAAAUGCGACGAGUGUGGGAAGGCCUUCCGCCAGAGCUGUGAGCUCAUCAGCCACCGCAGGAUGCACUCGGGGGAGAUCCCCUACCGCUGCGACCAGUGCGGGAAGACCUUCAAUCAGAGGCCCAACCUCAUGAAACAUCAGAGGAUCCACACCGGGGAGAAGCCCUACAAGUGUGGCGAGUGUGGGAAGCACUUCAGUGCCUACUCUUCCCUCAUUUAUCACCAGAGGAUCCACACUGGAGAGAAGCCCUACAAGUGCAACGACUGUGGGAAGGCCUUCAGUGAUGGCUCAAUUCUCAUCCGACAUCGUCGGACUCACACUGGAGAGAAGCCGUAUGAGUGCAAAGAAUGUGGCAAAGGCUUUACCCAGAGUUCUAAUCUUAUCCAACAUCAAAGAAUUCACACUGGAGAAAAACCCUAUAAAUGUAAUGAAUGUGAGAAAGCCUUCAUCCAAAAAACCAAACUUGUCGAACAUCAGAGAAGUCACACUGGAGAGAAGCCCUAUGAGUGUAAUGAUUGUGGCAAAGUCUUCAGCCAGAGCACCCACCUCAUCCAGCAUCAGAGGAUCCACACAGGAGAGAAGCCCUACAAGUGCAGUGAGUGUGGGAAGGCCUUCCACAACAGUUCCAGGCUCAUCCACCAUCAGAGGUCACACCAUGGAGAGAAGCCAUACAAGUGCACUGAUUGCAAGAAAGCCUUCAGCCAGGGCACGUACCUCCUGCAGCACCGGAGGAUCCACACUGGGGAGAAGCCCUACACAUGUGGUGAGUGCGGCAAGGCCUUCCGGCACAGCUCCAACAUGUCCCAGCAUCAGAGGAUUCACCUCCGGGAAGACUUUUCCCCAUGAUGGUGCGGUUGGCCCCUGAGGUCUGCUCUGCACUUCCUCCAUGUGACCCACCCACCCCUUUACUUACUGUCCAUGUAGUGUUGUCACAAGUGAAAGAGCAUUUCUGUCUAAUUAAAAAAAAACUCUUAAAAAACAAAAGCAGUGCAUUUUCAUUUAAGAGAAAUUGAGUGAGAAAGGUAAACAAACAGGAGAAGCUCCUGUAGCCUCCCCUUAGACAAAGAGAACUCACCACUAAUGCAGUCGGUGUAGGUUCUGUCCGGACACAUUGAAAAGUGUCUGUGAGAGAAAUACUGUGGUGUCCUGUUUCCUCAGUCCUGGAAAGCUCAACACUGGAAAGAAUUCUUCAUGUUUCCAUGGUUUUACAUAUUGUAAAUUUUAAAAAAUAAGCAUGCUGUUGAUACUUUCCUGUGUUACUUAAUAGAAUUGGUAAUUGCCUUUUUUUAUUGUGGUAAAAUAUGUACAACAUUACAUUUACCAUUUUAACCAUUUUUAAGUGUACAAUUCAGUAGCAUUAGAUACAUUCACAAUAUUGUGUAACCAUCAGCAAAUCUGUUUCCAAACUGUUUUAUUAUCCCCAACAGAAACUCUGCACCCAUUAAACAGUAACUCUCCUCUCUCCCCCUUUCCCUUUCUCUGUCUCUAGGAAUGCCUAUUCUAAGUUCAUUGUGUAAGUGAAGUCGUACAACAUUUGUCCUGGCUUAUUUUACUUGGCAUAAUGUCCUCAAGGUUCAUCCAUGUUGUAGCAGGUGUCAAGAUGGAGUCCUUUCUUUCCAGCUGAAUAAUACCCCAUUGUUUGUAGACACCAUGUCUUGUGUACCCAUCAUUUGUUGAUGGAAUACUUGGGUGUCUCUGCCUGUUGACUGUUGUGCAUGAUGCUGCUGUGAACCUUGGUGUACAGAUCUGUACUUGUACUUUCCCUGCUUUCAAUACUUUGGGGUAUAAUCC